AUGAGAGUACAAAUAAAAAUUUUAACUACAAAUACAACGUCAAAUCUUCCAUUGAUACUUGAAAUUGAAUCAUUAACAAAAACAAAUUUAUCUGAAUGUCGAAUAUGUGGCGCUCCUGCUCAAUACGUAAAUUUUGGCGUUAUUUCAUGUAGUUCAUGUAAAAUGUUUUUUAAACGAAAUGCUAAUAUUGAACAAGAAGCAUUUAAAUGUAAUUUUGGUGGCAAUUGUGAGAUAAAACGAGAUAAUCAUCAUAUGUGUGCAUUAUGUCGACUUAGGAAAUGUUUUCAAUAUGGAAUGACUACUGACAAAUUUCGAGCAUCAAGAUCGAAGAAAUCAUUGGUUAAAAUAGAACCACGAUAUCAAUCAGAAAAAUUAUCAAUAUUAAAUUCUUUAAAACCAGAUCAUUCAUUAUUAACUAGUAGUCAAUGGACACUUCUCUCAAAUUUAUAUAAUAGUUUUGAUGAAUCUCAACUUUCAUUACUUGGUAAAUCUUUAGUAAAUACACAUAAUUGUUUACAGCCAGUAAAUGUAACAUUUGAAAGGCUUGUAGAAAAUUAUGUAUUAUCUAUUUAUGAAGCAACAGGAAGAUAUCUUCGUUUGAAUGAUGAUAUUUGUAAAUUAUCAUUUACUGGUCGUUCCAUCUUACUUCGUAAUGCUGCAGAUAAUAUAUCUUGCAUGGCUUCUAUAUUUAUUAUACAUCAUUUUGAUUUAUUUAGUCUAGAUUCUUUUUUGAAAAUUAUGACUACAAUGUUUGGCAAUCGUGGAAUCUCUCUUGCUCUAUUGACAAUGAAAUUUAUUAAUCCAGAUAUUGUAAUAUUCAAAUUAGCACUUUCAUUAUUUGCUUUAUCAAAUACUACUUAUUUAUAUUCUCCAAAUAUUUCAAUAGAUUCAACAAGUUCUUCUACACUAUUUCAUAUUCAAAAUAAAUAUGCAGAAGUUAUAUGGAAAUAUCUUAAUUAUAGAUAUGGUUGGUAUGAAGCUGUUAAAAAUUUUCAUAAUAUCAUACAUUGGCUUAUGGCUUUGACUGUGUACAUGGAUCAUAUACAAAUUUAUAGCUUACAUGUUGAUAAUGUUGAUUCAAUUGUUGAAUUAACUGAGCUUACACUUAUAUUAGAUGAUGUUGAAGAAAUAAUCGAAACAAAAUAG